GGGCGGAGCCGCGCCUGAGGGACGGGCAUGGAGGGAGCUGCGGGGUCCCGCCGCCAUCCCCCUGCCUGCUCCGGGGCAGAACACGGCUCUGCCCCGCGGCCGCCCCCGGCCCUGCCCUGCCCGGCCCCGCGGGCAGGACGCGAAGCCGCGGCCGUCUAUAAAAGGCCGUGAGCCAGGGAGCGGCGAGCAGCGGCACCAUGGCCCAGUCCGUGUGGGGCUACGACAGCGACAAUGGACCCGAGCGCUGGCACGAAAACUACCCGCUGGCCAAGGGCGACAAGCAGUCGCCCAUCGAGAUCAACAGCAAGGACGUGCAGCACGAUUCCUCCCUCCCCGCCUGGCACGCCAGCUAUGACCCCGGGGCAGCCAAAACCAUCCUGAACAACGGGCGCACCUGCCGCGUCGUCUUCGACGACACUUUCGAUCGAUCAGUGCUCAGAGGGGGCCCGCUCACCGGCGCCUACCGCCUGCGCCAGCUGCACCUGCACUGGGGCUCCUCCGACGACCACGGCUCCGAACAUGUCAUCGACGGCGUCAAGUACGCGGCAGAGUUACAUAUGGUGCACUGGAAUCCAAAACACGGUAAUUUUGCUGGAGCUUUAAAACAACCUGAUGGUGUAGCUGUUGUGGGCAUUUUUCUGAAAGUUGGAAACACUCCCAAACCAGAGAUGAAGAGAAUUCUUGAAGAAAUUGAAAACAUUAAGACCAAGGGGAAGGAGGCUCCUUUUCUGAACUUUGAUCCUUCAAUCCUUUUCCCCAAAUCUCGGGACUACUGGACCUACCACGGUUCGUUCACCACGCCCCCCUGUGAGGAGUGCAUCACCUGGAUUCUCCUGAGGGAGCCGAUCGAAGUCAGCUCAGACCAGAUGGCAAAGCUCCGGAGCCUUUCCAAGAACGAUGAGAAUGAACCCAUGAGUCCUCUUGUUGGCAACUGGCGCCCGCCGCAGCCUCUGAAAGGCAGGAUAGUCAGAGCCUCAUUCAAGUAAAACCUCAAGUCCUGCUCUGCUGAACCUGAGUGAGAAAAUCCUUACAUCACAAAAGUGUAGUUAGUGCUUUGCUGUCUACUGCUUUUCCUCUGGAUCCAGAUCUGUGUUUCUCAGUUUGAAAUUCUGAGUGGUAAAAGUGAAUCUGUUUUUAAAGGCAGAAAAAUACUGUAUGCAAAUACUAAGCAUAAUAAGCAAAUAUGAGAAGUAAUGAUUCUUGACCACAAAUGCCUCAGCAUUUAUGGUCACUUCUCUGCCUUGUGGUCUUAUAAGAAAAAUAGGCUCAGUUUCAAUAUUCAAAAUUAAUUUCAAAAGCAAAAAAAUGAACCAGUAGUUCAGGAAAGCAGAAGUAACAGUAGAUGAAGAGGAGGGAAAUGCCUGUCUCUACACUGUGAUCUUGCUCAGACUUGCCACCCUCGGAGACAUCUAAAGAAUAAGUACCCCUUUAAAAUACCAGAUUUUCCCUUCUCUGUCUUGUUCAUAGUUUUUUUUAUCCCAGAUUAGAUUAGUGUUCUGAGGGUAAAAUCAGGCAUACUCAGUUUCUGUGUGAAGAAGAAAAGAGACCUUGCUGUCAUUUCAGCAUUUGCACUCUUUGCCAUAUCCCGCUGCUUACACUGUUUAUCUUUUCUUCUUUCACUGCUGCUGUUACUUAACCCAUCCAGUGUAGAGACCUGCUGGUAUCAUCUUGCUUUGUAUUUAGUAUACAAAUUCUGAAAGGAAAGUGGCUUUCUUCUGCUGCUCUAUGUUAUCUCCCAGAAUGAUGGAUUUUUGAUGCUCUGCCUGCUUUUUAUAUUUGCCACCUUAACGGUUUCACCUGUUAGGGAUUUUUUGCAUAUGGAAAGGAUUUUUCUGGAUGAUUCAUUUGUGUCAUUUGUCAUCUCUGCUAUGGAAAAAUGCAGGUCAAGUCACCUAAGUGUUUGUUUGACUCCGUAGCUGGAGAAUAUAAGUGGAUUCUGUUUGGCUCAGUUCCUUUCUGGGGAGACACAUCAGCUUUCAAUUAUGAUCCAAGCAAGGAAUCACUGGCAGACAGAAAUAUCUAAAUCAACUUCCCUUGUCCUUCAUCAUGUAAACUUUAUCAUUUCACUGUACAAGUAUCAUCGAUCUGUGAAUAAAGGUCAGCAUUAUAUUCAA